AUGUCUUUAGAAUCUUCAAAAAGGUCACAGCCUGUAGAUGAAGAAACAAAAUAUGAAUUAUCGACUAAACGUCAGGCUACAUUAGAUAAAAUAGAAUUAGCAGAUGAAACACAGAUCAUAACGCUUAGAGGAAUUAUUUCUGGACGGGACGCUACAGCAAUUAUUGAAGAAAAUGGGGAAAAUAUAAGACUUUUACAAGAAAAAACAGGUUCUCAAAUACAUUUAAGUGAAAAUGUUCUUGGGUCAAUUGAAAGGAUUUUAACAUGUACUGGAACAGCAAAAUCAGUUGCCAAGGCAUUUUCACUUAUUAUUCGGCUCUUACACAAUGAAGAUUUAGAUACAAUUUCAAGUCCUAAUGAUAAGCCUCACAGAAUUCGUCUUGUAAUUCCACAUGUUCUUAUAGAACAUAUUAUUGGAAAACAUGGCUCUAGUAUUAACGAAAUCCAAAAGAUUUCAGGGGCACAUAUGAGCGCGUCAGAUAUUCUUCUUCCUUUAAGCACUGAAAGGACAUUGGUUAUAUAUGGCAUUGCAAGUGCUAUAUAUACAGCUAUUUUUCAUGUUGCUAUAGCUCUUUUUCAACAAGCAGAUCGUAUGGUGAAUUUGCAAACAUGUAUGUAUAGUCCACUAAGUAUGCAUGGUGGCUAUGGUUAUCCCAUAACGUUCCAAAGAGUUUUACCUAAUGAUACCAUGUUAACACCGGCUAAUCCAUACGGAGUUCCUCCAAAUAUUUCUAUGCAGCAAAAUUAUCAAACGUCUAAUUAUAUGCCUGCUGAUCCUCAAGCUAUAGCUGCAUAUAAUAUUCAACAACAGAACCAAGUAAAUUCCCAUAAUACUCAGCAAGGGCAAACACUGCAAUUUCCUCAACAAUUACAACAACUACAACAGCCGCAAUCACAACAAUCACAACAAUCACAACAAUCACAACAAUCACAACAAUCACAACAAUCACAGCCGGCACCUGGUCAGCCAAUUACUCAACAAAUAUUUAUUCCAAAUGAUAUGGUUGGCGCAAUAAUUGGCAAAGGAGGGACAAAAAUCAAUGAAAUUCGUCAGCUUUCCGGCUCCCAUAUAAAAAUUAAUGAACCUGCGGAUAAUUCAGCAGAAAGACUAGUAACUAUAACAGGAACACCAGAAUGUAAUCAAAUGGCAUUGUAUAUGCUUUAUUCUCGUCUGGAAAAUGAAAAGCAUCGCAUUUAA